GUAGAAAGCUCGGUAUGAGGUUCCGGAAUUCCGAUGAAGCUUAGAAGAAGAUAGGGUGGAGGAGCUCAGGAAUUAACUGACAUAGGAAUUUUAACUGGGGUAAUUUUCAGGAUGGAGCUGGCGACUACCGCUGAUACCACUGCCCUGAGCUAUUGGUUGAACUGGAGAUUCUUGUUGUGUGCAAUUUGGGUUUUCACGCCUAUGGUGGUAGCGGUGCUGCUGCUAUUUAAGUAUGAAGAUUUGGAUUAUUGGAAAUUCCGCCGAGGAGGAACUCAGGAGGACAUAAAGAAGGAAUUCUGUGGUGAUGAAGGAUGGAGACCAUGCCUGAAAGUAAUUCACCCCUUAUGGUUGAUGGCUUACCGAGUGACUGCAUUCUUUUUGCUUUUGGCAAUACUGAUUGCCAAGGUUUUUGUCAGUGGUGGUGCCAUAUAUUACUACUAUACUCAGUGGACGUUUACCUUACUUACCAUUUAUUUUGGGUUUGGAUCUCUUCUAUCCAUUUAUGGUAGUUUCUGGUGUUACAAAACAAGAGCAAUGGGUUUAGGUGUUCAACAUGUAAGGUCAGAUGCAGAGAAUGGAACAUACGUGCUCCUUCAACAUGAGGAGAACAACCAAGAGGAAAACUAUAUUCUCCCAGUAGCAGUCAAAUGCAGUUAUGUCUUUCAAGCUAUAUUCCAGACGAAUGCUGGAGCAGUGAUGCUUACUGAUUGCAUUUACUGGCUCGUAAUCUUUCCAUUUCUCAACAUCAAAGACUACAAAAUGAGUGCGUUGACGGUGAGUAUGCACUCAGUCAAUGCUGUUUUACUCCUUGGGGACGCAAUGUUAAAUUGCUUGCAAGUCCCCUUCGUUCGGAUGUCUUUGGUUGUUUUAUGGACUGGUGCUUUCGUCACUUUCCAGUGGAUCAUUCAUGCUUGCAUAUCAAUAUGGUGGCCGUACCCAUUUCUCGACUUGUCAUCACCAUAUGCCCCAGUUUGGUACUUAAUGGUGGGAUUGAUGCAUAUCCCAUGCUACGCUUUCUUCACACUAAUUGUCGGGUUAAAACGUCACCUAUUGUCAAAAUGGUUUCCUCACUCAUGUCAAUGUUAAGGAAGCUAUGGAAUGCUUGGUGCUAC